AUGUCUUUUACAAGGAAACACACACCAAAAUCUUCGCAGGGGAGCAUUUCAAGCGAAGGUGAUAUAUUUUUCGAAGCCACAACAGAAGUUAUUAAUGAAGUUGAAGAAUUAACUUUCAACAAUAACAACAACAUCGACGAAAGUGGUGGCGACAGUAGUAACAUCAGCAGUAACAUCAGCAGUAACAUCAACAGUAACAGAAACAGUAAUAUCAGCAGCAACAACAACAACAAUAGGAACAGUAAUAAUUAUUUUCAUGCAUUAAAAACCAAAAAUAGUGAAAUAUGGCAAUAUUAUAGGAAUAAUAAUAGUAGCAGUAAAAUACUUCGUCAUUAUCCUUCGUCAUCAAUAGAUUCAAUGAUUUCGACGGUGCAAAAGUCGUCAUCGAUCUAUAUGACACCACAAAGUUCAACGAGUAAUUUAUUGAUUAGUGCGAUGAGACAAGCUGUAAUUAGCCAAAGUAAUAAUCAAACGGAGAUCGACUUGGCAACUACUUCUCCCACUAAUACGCCAUUUUAUACUACCCCUUCUACCCCUAAUAGACGCACAGUGGAUUAUAGUUAUCAAUUGUCAAUAAAUAUUGAUCUCAAGCCCGAAAAAAGGGCCAUAAAUAAUAAUGUAAUAAAGGGUUACGAUAAAUCAUAUCAUCAUAGAAAUAAUUCUUCUAAAGAGAUUAUUAUUAUUGAAGAUGAUGAAAAUAUUCUAAAAAAUUCAAAGAGAAAUUCAAAAUUAUCAUUUAUAAUAACAAGUGAUGGGGAUGAUAGCGAUAUUAUUUCUUCAAAAAGUGAAAGUAUAGAUAAUGUAGAUUCUUUAAUAUCACAGAAACAUAUAUCAAUAACAAAAGAUAUUGUUACAGAAUUUUCUUCAAUUGCUUCUUUUAAAGGAAAUUCUAGAGAAUCUAUUAAAAUAGAAAGGAAAGAUAAAAUCAUACAACUUAAAAAAAAAGAUAAAAUUCUUUGGUUAAUUGGAAGUUGUUUAAUUUUUUUUACUAUCAUACUUGAUAUUAAUUUGGUUGCAAAUCAAUUACCUAAUAUUAUACAAGAAUUUAAAGCAGGUAGUUCAUUAUUAUCAAUGUUUAAUUUAACUACUGGAUUAUUCUUACAUAUUAUAUCAUUAAUAAUAAUUGGAUGUGGUAUUGGAUUACAAUUUAUUUUAUUAAAACCUACUUUAUAUCUUGUAAAGAAGAGUGAAAAAUCUAUUAUUAUUGGACUUUGUAAUUUUUUUAAAGGUUGUGGAUCAAUUUUUGGUAUAUCAAUUUCAACAGCAUUAUUUAAUAAUAAUUUAUUAUCAGAUAUGAAAGAUAUAAAAAAUUAUCCCAUAAAGGAUAAUUCAAUUAAUAAUAUCUUAUUAAUUUCAAAUAUUCAACAAUUAGAUGAUGAACAACAAAAAAUCAUAUUAAAUAGUAUUAAUAAUGCAAUUAUAACAAAUUAUAAACUUUGUAUAUUUAUAUCUGUAGUAAGUUUAAUUUUUGCUACUUUUAUAAAACAUUACCAAUUGAAGACAAAGAAAGGUAAUGAUGUAGUUAUAGAUGAUAAUAGUAGUAAUAAAUUAUUAAAUGAAAAAAUAUAA